AUGACGGGACUAUGUAAGUCUUGCUUCAAUAGUCUUGGUGAUGAAGGCCCCAUUCAAAUCUGUUUUCAAGCACGUUGUGAAGGAGUAGCGAACAGUGCUGAUGACGAAGGAGGAGAAAAUGAUAUUGAAGGAGUGAACAACAAUUACAGCAACGACAAUAGCAACAACUGCGACAACUGUAACAACUACUGUGACGUCGAUCUUGCUUCUGACAGAUUAGACACUGAGAACAGUCAAUUAGACCCGGCAUUCUUGCAUACAGGUGAGGAACAUCUAGCAGGAGAUUUGGAGCUUGACUUGGAGAAAUUAGAAGAUGCAGAGGAGGAUCAUAAUGCUUUUGAGCCAUGUGUACCAACUACACACGUUGCAGCCAAGUCACUGGAUUUUGACACGACAAUAGGUACCAUGGGAACAAGUGUUCUAUUGAACAAUGUAGGCACUAUGCUGGUACGACGGGACUCCACUAUGAGAGCAUCCAGAAAAGAGCGCCAUUUGAUUGAAAGAGUUGUUUCUUCUGGCGAAAUAGGAACAGUUCCUAUUGUCUACCUGGAAGGGAUUUUGUUUCCAUCUAUAUUUUGGUGUUUGCCUCAUUCUUCUGAAGGUGGCAUCUUAGGUUCCAUGCCUACACCUCUUUUUUGUCAACACGCUACUAGAAAACAAUUCAAUGUGGCCAGUGUUAUUGACCAUGCGCGUACACGCGUCAAGACUAUUGGCACCACGUCCAGUACUGAUGGGCGGUAUCUGUCAUUCCAGUUUGACAGUUUGGCUAAUGGAGCAUUAGAGGGACAGGAUACACGUGUGGUCUUAAGUAGGGGUUUCGAGGAGUGUCUGGGUCCAGCUGGUAUUAAGGCACGAAAUGCAGAAGAUGACUUUAUCACCGACCAAAUAGACAGUCGUCAAAAUGUUCACAAUCUUUGUGCUUCUGAACGCGAUAACCCUAGUACCUUGUUUGUUACCCUAACUUGCAACCAAAGGGAGCAUUUUGGAGUUCGCAAUAUUAAGAGAUACAUUGACGAUGGAGAAGCACUUGAAAACUACAAACUAUAUCGACGGAAGUGGUUUCCUCAGGAGAAGGAACUCAGUAGUAAUGAGGAGCGUGAGGUCCAGCAUAGCCUUGUGGAAGCUUCUAUGUCUCUAAUUUGUCGCAACUGGCUAGAAGUUAAAACAAUUCUGCUUCGGUACAUACUCAAAAGUCCAGAGAAACCAUUCGGCGAAGUAUUGAAAAUAUUUUGUCGUGAUGAGUACCAAGGGGAUGCUGGGAAUCUGUGUCAUCUACACUUUCUGAUCACCCUUGCUGCCGCAUACAACACUCCAGAAGGAAAAAUUUCAAUCGAGUCAAUGAUCCGUGGACAUAUAGAAGAGAUAGUAGGUUUGGACGAAGUGGAUAGCUUCAUUGAUGAAGGUAUCUUGGAUAAUUGGGAGGACUUCGAACGAAUGAAGGAGCAGGGUCGUAAAUUUCUUAUGCACACCUGCUCUGCUCGUUGCAAAAGGAGAACUGGCCCGGGGCAAAAUGAUUUAAGAUGCCGAGUUCCUGAUACCAGAAAGAUCAGCACAGAUCUAACGAAGUUUUUCCAGUUAAAUCUACACAUGAACCACAGCAAAGCUGCUACCAAUGUCAUGGAGCGGUUAGAACUAUGCCGGCCUCUGUCAGAGACGGGAGGUAUCUUCGGACCAAACGAAGAUUUUCUCAAAGCCAAGCGCAUCUUUCCGGUUGCCAGACACGGAGAGGGUUUAAUAUCCCCUGUGAUUGGUCGGCUUUUUGCUGCUACGAGAUCUUCUAUGAAUGUACAAAUUUGCACGAGUUUUGGUACGUCAAGGUACGUGGUGAAGUACCUAAUCAAGAUUGACGAGAAUAAUUAUGUGGCCUUCCAUGCCAAGCACAGUGAUGAUAAAACAAUCAAAGCGGAACAUGUAUUCUUGCACAAUACAAAAAUUACAUCAUCGGCCAUUAAUGAAGCAAAGAAACUCAAACAAAGUAGGCAUGAAAAUCGGCCAAAAGGAAGGGCCCUUGCGUCUACUGAAAUGAUGCAAAUUAUCCUUGCGUACCCACAAAUUUAUACCAACAUGGAAUUUGUGAAAGUUUCGACACUUCCUUUGGGAGAGUGA